CUACGCACCCCACUGAUUUUUUUUUAGAUUUUACGACAUUUGGCCUUAACUCGCGCUUGCGCGUCCAGCGUUCUCCUUUCCCUGGUCUUUCAUUUCAUAAAACAGAGCAGAGAAGGCGCAGAACAAGACCCAAGACGUAACAUGCUACAUCCUCUCUCCUCCAUAACCGCCAUGCCCGCCCCAUCACCUUCUCAGAAGUCCAGGAGAUCCUCCUCAAACCCUAAUUCUCUCCUCUGCAAGCAUUCACCCUCUGCAACCCUAGACAUUCUCAUCCUCAUUCUCGUGCUAUUCUCAUGCGCCUUCCUCGUCAUCUCCUGCCUCUCUUACAUCUUCCAGUCCCUCUCUCAAAUCCUUCCUCCUCUAUUUAUCUCUCACUCCGCUUCCUUCCGAGAGUCUCCGUUGGCUUACUUUCUAGGGUUUCUGUUCUUCUUUAUCGUGUCGGUGGUUGUUAUUGAGAUCUGUUGCGGCAAUAGGUCGAGGAAAUGCGACAAUCCGGGAUGCAAAGGCUUGAAGAAGGCCAGAGAGUAUGAUCUACAGUUGCAGACGGAGGAUUGCUUGAAAACUUCGUCCAAAGACUUUGCUAAUUUGCCCUGGAAAGGAGGCUCGGAGUCGAACCCAGAUUACGAGUUUCUGAGAUCUGAGCUGAGGAAGAUGGCACCGCCGAAUGGACGGGCAGUUCUGCUGUUUCGGGCUCAGUGCGGUUGUCCUGUCGCGAAGCUGGAGGCCUGGGGGCCCAAGCGAGGUCGGAGGCACAAAAAGGGUAUGGCAAGUCUGAUGCUUGAUGGAGGGGCAGAUCAUCGCUGAUUGUUGGAUCCUGGUUCCGUUGUUGAUCGGUUGAUAUGUUUCUUCUGCUCUGUUUCCGUUUCUACAGAUUUUCAAUAUCCAUUGAAUUUUCUUUAGUGAAAGAGACUCGACUUACUAUUCUCUUUUAAGCCAACAAGCCGACGGCCCCUCACCAUGACACRGUACACUCUGGUUGUAUCUUUUUUCGCAUCAGCCUUUAGUCUCCGACUAUGAAGGCGGAACAGAUAAAACAGAAUUCAAUACAAAUAAUGAAAUAAAUAUACAAAAUUUCAAUGGAUAAUACUAA